AUGACCGCGAGUGAGAGCCUGGGAUACGGCCUGAUGGGCUUCGGGCCGGCGCUGUCCAUGUUCGCGCUGACCAUCGCGCGACACCCGAGCCGAGUCGUGGUGCUCUUGCUGUCCUCAUUCAGCUGGAUCCUGUCGCUGCUGCUGUCCUCGCUCGCCUGGUUCGUGCUCUCGCCGCUGGGCUCGUCCCUGGGCGUUGCCGUGGCGCUCGCCGUGGUCUUCCAGGAGGGCGCCCGAAUCGCCACCCUCCAGGCGCUGCGCAAGGCGGACCGCUCGCUCAAGCUGGCCGCGCUCGCCGGAGACGCGCAACUCGCUCGUAGCAGGGUUGCGCUGGCGUACGCCUCCGGCCUGGGCUUCGGCGUCGCCAGUGGAGCCUGCUCGCUGCUCAACCCACUGGCGGACAUUGCCGACGCGGGUGUGCCUCCCGGUGUCAUGGGUGUCGCCAAGAGCCUUCCCGAAUCGUUCAUCCUGACGUCGGCGCUGACCACGGGCAUGCUGACGGUGCUGCACACCCUGUGGAGCGUGGUCUCUUUCCAAGCCCUGUGUCUUCAGAGUACGCUGCUGAUCGCCUUCCCGCCGGUUGCACACAUGUUUGCCUCGGGCGCCACGCUGCUGUACUCGCACGGACACUUCGGCGUACCGCUGGCCGCCAUCGUGGGCCUGCUCUUCCUGACAGCCGCUGUGGCCUUCGUGGUAACCGGCGGCCAGGCCGGACGCGCCUGGUCCCGACUAGGUCUCGCACGCGGCAGCAGCUCGCCCGAAGGCUCCGAGUACGAGCCGGUGUAG